GAGUGUAUCUCAAAAAGCAAGAAAAGCCGAUAAAACCCGUUCGUUCAGACCAUACACAAGUUUAUAGUGACCCCGAUCCCGCGUGUUUCCCAAGCGAAGAGGACAGAUCGGAUUUACAGUACCAACUAGAAAGUCCAGUUCGACCGUCAGAGAUGUCACAGGAGCAUGACAACAAGCGGGCGGUGCUGGUGUUGCCAAAUGACCAGUCGUACAGACAGGGCCGCUCCUUCAACUCGGAGGACGAGGCCUGGAAGUCGUUCCUGGAGAACCCCCUGACGGCCGCCACCAAGGCCAUGAUGAGCAUCAACGGGGACGAGGACAGCGCCGCCGCACUGGGCCUGCUGUACGACUACUACAAGGUGCCCCGGGAGAAGAGGACAAUAGGACAGCAAAAGGCAGACAUCAUGGGCUCUGAUGUGGAUCCCAACAAAAGAAACCUGAUGACCAAUCUUCCUGAGACCUCCAUGGCCGUGCCGGAGAGCAAGAUCCAGCUGCUGAAGGGUGUGCCCCUCAACAUCGUGCUCCCGGGUAACCAGCUGGCCCCGGGGGACAGACGCGGUGCCGCCGCCCUCUUCCCCUCGCCAGACACCACUGUCACCGUGUCCAUCGCGGCCAUGCCCAGCUACCCACACACCAUCAAGACGGAGGGACACUCCGGCUUCUCGGUCACCAUCCCCAACAGCCAGUGCUCCGAGCCCGACAGCCACACGGUGGUGUUCGACCGCGCCCUCACCCACUCCCACAGCCAGUUCAGCCCCAACGCCCAGCCACGCACGCCCGACUCCACCUUCCCCGAGACCUUCAAAGACGGAACUCAAGAGGUGUUUGCCUUCCCUGGGGAGCUCCAGUUACGCAUGUCCUCCAUCGGUCAGGACGAGUACUCCACUUUUGACACCGUGUCAGGGAGCAACAACUUCGAGUACACACUGGAGGCCUCCAAGUCCAUCAGGCAGAAGUCGGGUGACGGCACCAUGACCUACCUCAACAAGGGCCAGUUCUACCCCAUCAGCCUGCGGGAGGUGGACAACGGCAAGAUGCUCCACCAGCACCCCAUCACCAAAGUCAGAAGUGUGGUGAUGGUGGUCUUUGGAGAGGACAAGUGCAGAGAUGACCAGCUGAAACACUGGAAGUACUGGCACUCCAGACAACACACGGCCAAGCAGAGGUGCAUCGACAUCGCCGACUACAAGGAGAGCUUCAACACCAUCAGCAACAUUGAGGAGAUCUCCUACAACGCCAUCUCCUUCACUUGGGAUAUCAACGAGGAGGCCAAGAUCUUCGUCUCGGUGAACUGCCUGAGCACGGACUUCUCGUCCCAGAAGGGUGUGAAGGGGCUUCCCCUCAACCUGCAGAUCGACACCUACAGCUACAACAACCGCAGCAACAAGCCCAUCCACCGCGCCUACUGCCAGAUCAAGGUCUUCUGCGACAAGGGCGCCGAGCGCAAGAUCCGCGACGAGGAGCGCAAGCAGUCGCGCCGGAAGGGGGGCAAGCCCGAUGUCAACCCCAACCUGGGCAGCUACCACGGUGGUGUGGAUGUGAAGGUGCCUCUGCUGCAUAAGCGUAGUGACAUCACGAUCUUCAAGAGCAUGAUGGACCUGGAGACGCAGCCGGUCCUCUUCAUCCCAGACAUCCACUUCUCCAACAUCCAGCGCCACCCGUUCUCUCCUGAAGACGAAGAUGGCACAGGGAUGAAGAGAUUACGAGAUUACGGCAACGAAGACGAGUUUGCCUCCCCCGCCAUCAAGAUGACCCGCAUGGACGAGCCAAAGAAAGUGUUGCUGUAUGUGCGUAAGGAGUCGGAGGAGGUGUUUGAUGCCCUGAUGCUGAAGACCCCCACCCUCAAAGGCCUGGUGGAGGCAAUCUCUGAGAAGUAUGACGUGCCUCUUGAAAAGAUGGGGAAAGUCUACAAGAAGUGCAAAAAGGGGAUCCUAGUGAACAUGGACGACAACAUCAUCAAGCACUACUCCAACGAAGACACCUUCCAGAUCGAGAUGGAGGAGGCCGGAGGGGCGGUCAAGCUCACCUUGACGGAAAUCUGACAACAAGGAAGGAUGCGUGUGUGUCUGUGUGUGUGUGUGAGUUUUUUAAAGGUGUUUCCCCAUCAGUGUCAAUCAGCUCGUUUACACACUUGUAAGAAAAGAAGAAAAGAAAAGUGUAUUCUUGGUUUGUCUUCUCUCUCUCCUCCACUGUUUGAGGAGCAUUGUGGCAAUCAGAAAUAUCUCUCUUGCUCCCUUUUUGUUUAUAAAGGAACUAAGCCAAUUUGUUUGAGCCUUUCUAAGGAGAGAUGAUACGAAUGAAUUGUCAGAGCUGAGAUGGGGAGGAAAUGUUAUUUUUUUACUAUGAAGAGAGAGGAUGUGAGAUGUUUGGAUAGCUUUUCUUUUGUAAACUCAUCUUUUUGCUGUUAUAAUUCUUUUGCGAUGUUUGGCAGACUGGCUGCCAGGCAAGGAGUGGUGGAAAUGCACUGCAUUUAGAAUAAGUCAGUCAGUUAGCCUUGAUAAGCCUGAAAGAUUAACUGCUAUUGUUCCCCUUUGAAAACCCAGAGCACUGAAGAGCUUUUGCCUUUUUACAAGAUAAUUGCCGGCAUAAAUUAGGUUGGAAAUAAGACAAACGCACACAGGUCAAGAUGUAAAUAGUGGAGACAAAAGGCCCCUUUCACCAGACUGUAUUACACACGCGCAGCAUGUGGCAGUAUUUAGCUUCAACUGUAAACUACGUACUUCUCAGUGUAUCUUAGGUUGCAGCUGUGUGCGUGCGUGCGUGCAUGCAUGUAGGACUCACCAAAAUCUUUACAUAAGCAUAUUGGGAGCGGAUGACCAACAUUAUAUUUCUUUUCAAAAGUAUUACGCCUAAAUUGGUACCCUCAGUACAUUUAUCCGUACAGCCAUACUGUAGGUCAUUUAGCUCUCUGUUGCAAGCCAUCUGAUUUGUUAGCACCAAGUGCAAUAAUGUGUUUGUGUGCAAAACAGAAUUCUCAAUUCUCACCAUAUCCAAAGCUAAGGAGUCGUUCUGAAAUGCUGAUAAUGUCUUCUAACCCCGCUCCAAUUCCUGUUUUUUUUGUAUAAAAGUACUUGGUCAGCUCAUGUGUAUAUAUUUAUUAAUAAUAAAUAGGAAAGGGUUUAUUUUACACGGUGUGUCAGAAAAUGUUUAUUGUCUAUGAGAUGUUGUUUGAUUUAUUAUUUGUGUUUUUUUGUAAUGUGACACAAUUCCUCGCUGUAUUUAUGCCAAGCUAUUUUUUAUAAUGUCCCUGGGUGUUUUGUCCUCUGGAAUAAAAAAGGACAUUUCUGUGAUGACUGUGUAUGUAUCAGCACCUGGGUUUCUCAACCACUUUUAAAUAAAUAAACAAAAAAUCAUCAGUA